AUGAAACCCAGCCCUGUAGACUACAAGGUGAAGGAUGCUCAAGACGGCAAACCCCCAAGUCUGCACCUCGCAAGUAAGAGUAGCUACGCCAUCUCUCAGGGGUGGAACCAAGGGCUAGCGGGGUUCUUGCCCCGGGGGUCCCUGCUUCUGGACGUCCUGCCUCCAGCGCCCUGGCCCCUGGUGCUUGCUGCCGGCCGCGGGAGCUACCAGCUUUUUGGAAUUCCUAAUCGCUCCUGGCCCCGCGGGAGAAGCGCUGAGCAGCCCAAAUCCGAGACAGUGGCCAAGAGUACCUCGGGGAGCGCCCCGGCCAGGUGCACAGGGUUCGGCAUUCAGGAGAUCCUGGGCUUGAACAAGGAGCCCCCCAGCUCCCACCCGCGCGCUGCCCUCGACGGCCUGGCCUCCGGGCACUUGCUGGCGGCGCGCUCCGUGCUCAGCCCUGCGGGAGUGGGCAGCAUGGGGCUGCUGGGCCCGGGGGGGCUCCCCGGCUUCUACGCGCAGCCCACCUUCCUGGAGGUGCUGUCCGACCCGCAGAGCGUCCAUUUGCAGCCGCUGGGCAGAGCGUCGGGGCCGCUGGACACUAGCCAGACGGCCAGCUCCGAUUCUGAAGAUGUUUCCUCCAGCGACCGAAAAAUGUCCAAAUCAGCUUUAAACCAGACCAAGAAACGGAAGAAGCGGCGACACAGGACAAUCUUCACCUCCUACCAGCUGGAGGAGCUGGAGAAGGCAUUCAACGAGGCCCACUACCCCGACGUCUAUGCCCGAGAGAUGCUGGCCAUGAAAACGGAGCUGCCGGAGGACAGGAUACAGGUCUGGUUCCAGAACCGCAGAGCCAAGUGGAGGAAGCGAGAGAAGUGCUGGGGCCGGAGCAGCGUCAUGGCGGAGUACGGGCUGUACGGGGCCAUGGUGCGGCACUCCAUCCCCCUGCCCGAGUCCAUCCUCAAGUCUGCCAAGGAUGGCAUCAUGGACUCCUGUGCCCCGUGGCUGCUGGUUCAAGAUGGCUUUCCCAGGCGCUUUUCUAAACCCGAAUACCAACAAUUCUUUUUAGGAAUGCACAAAAAGUCGCUGGAGGCAGCAGCCGAGUCGGGGAGGAAGCCCGAGGCGGAGCGCCAGGCCCUGCCCAAGCUGGACAAGACGGAGCCGGAGGAGCGGGGCCCCGACGCCCCGGCGGCAGGCAUGUCCCAGGAGGAACUGAGGGAGAACAGCAUCGCGGCGCUGCGCGCCAGGGCGCAGGAGCACAGCACCAAAGUGCUGGGGACUGUGUCGGGGCCCAGCGGCCGGACCCGGGGCGCCGAGGAGCCGGAGGAGGAGGCCGCGGACGAAGACAGGCCGGUGGAGAAGCUGAGUCCGCCACAGCUCGAGGACGUGGCUUAGGUCAAGGGUGCGCUGCCACCGCAGCCCCAGGACUCUGCGCUUCUCCGGGGGCCUGUGGUGCCGGGCGGUGCUCUCCAGGGCAGGGCCCAGCCUGGCCUCGGCCACCGCCCCCUGCCCCUCAGGCCCUCCAUGACCCCCCGGGGUGACUCAGACACAGCUCAGCUCUGGCAAAGGCUUUGGGCCGUGCUGAGACACCCCUGCCUAGCCUUGACCUCUUCAGCAACCUCCUCUUCCCAGCAGCCCUGCCUCAGGAGCCUUUUUGCUGCCCAGACCUCCCCCUCAAGCUGCUUUCACUCAGUCCCCUGGUGACCCUCACUGUCCAGACCACACCCCACUGUGUGCUCUCACUGUGGAGCCCUCUUCCCCGCUCUGACCGCCUGUGGGUUCUGCUCCUCCCUCCUCCCGGCCCCCAGGCUCAGAGCCCGUUGCUUGCCAGGGCCCUAGUGGGGAUUGAGGACCUGCACUCCAGGGCCAGUGUCCUGAGCACCCCAGUCCUCCGCCAAACUCUGCUCCCCUCAGCCUCUUCCUUCCUGUGAGCCUGGGUGCGGGUGUCCACCGUGCGCAUGUACCGCUCUGCAGGCCCGGGUACACCUUUACUCUCCCCCAUCAAUGGGGCCUGGAGUCCAGAUUAAACUCGGGAAGGCUCAGCCUGGGCCCCUCAACCACCUUCCGUCUCACGCCCUCCACGGUCACCCCCAGGAGCUCGCCCUCUCCACGCCCAGCCUGCCCCAGCGUUCCUCCCAGCACCGCUGCAGCACCGCGUGCUGCUGUGCAGUUCCUGCCCCGAGUCCAGGGCCUGUGCCCUGCAGCCAGGGGCACCGCUCACAGACACUGCGGCUCUCUGCACUGUUGGGCUGGCCAAAGGCUCUCCCUGGGCCCCUGCGGCUGUGCUGUAAAGCAUCCCGACUCCCCUGAGAUGCUGCCUGGGACCCUGGCCUGCUGUGCAAGGCACCUCCCCCUAGAGCUUCUCACAGCAUCCCGGUCUGCAUGUGCCCUGCCUUGGAGCAACCCAAUCUAGCUGUGAAAUGAAACCCUGGGAAGCCACAGACCUUGACUCAAGUUCAUCCAGGCUGUCCUUAGGGAGCCCAGCCUGGAGUGGGCCUGGGGCUACACACAGUCAUCCAGGGUUGGUCACAAGGAGGGUGUAAGAAAAGGCUUGAGGGAGAGCCAAGCAGGAGCCUGCGUUAGACCCAAAGGAAGCAACAGGCCCACACCUUCACGCCAGGUGCGUGCCGUGGUGGGUCUCCACUGGGAAAAGACGGAGACGUUGACUGUGCUGGAGCAGGGGGCUGGUGGCUUCGUCCUGUCUGCUGAUGAGAGGGCCCGCCCACACCGAUGGCGUCUCUGCAGCCGUACUCCGCCCCCGCCGGGCACACGGCCCCUGACCCCCAUGUAUUCCUUCACCCUCCCACCCACUUCUGCAGGGGACACCUCGAGAGAGAGAGAGAGGCUUGAGACGGUGAAUUGGGGUUUUCAUUCCCUGUCAGAGGUUGAUUUCUUCCUCACUGUGCCCAUGGAACUCUCCCCCGGCCCUUCUUGUCUCUGUCCCCCGUUGGUUUGGAGUGUUCGACUGUAGCCCCUGGUGUGUAAAUAAUGUACAUAGAGCGAGGAGAGAGAAUCUGGGUAUCAAGGUGUUUGAAGUACGGAGCUGUAAUAACUUCUAGGUAUUCUAAACCUGUGGUUUCUGUGCCAUUUUCUGUAAAGAUCCAAGUAAGAAUAAAAUUGGAGUACAAACAGCA